AUGCCUCGUGGAAGGGGAAAGUUAGCCGCAAGGAAUGCGGCUUCCAGGACCGGGACUUCGACUCGGCGCAGUCCGCGCAUACCCAAAGCCGCCCGGAACGAUGGCAUACCAGGUAUCUAUGACGAUCUGUUGGCCGAGGCCGCAGCCUCUACAGCGAGUGAGGAUACGGACUCUACGAGGCCUCUGAAGAAACGGAAGUUAGCUGGGCGUAGACCAGCAACGCAGGCUGAACCGACAUCAAACAACGCUACGGCCAAGCUUCUGCCCGAACCCGCCGUGAACCAAGCCAGUGUUUCUGAGCACGAUUCAUCCGACGAGUUCGAGGAUGUCUUAGAGAGCCGUCCUGUGCAGACUGUCAUAGACUCAGAUGAGUCUGAGGAGAGCGAAGAGGAGUGGGAAGAUGUCUUGCGGCACAAUGGAGGAGCAGGUCCCGACACAUUGCUCGCCGAGCCUGAUAUAAGCGGUUUCUCUAUUGAUUUAAGCAAGAAGCCGGACACUGAGUCGCCAAGACGAGUGCGGAGGAAGGCUGCCACAGGUGCUGAAAAGCUGCGCCGGCUGCAGAUACAUAAAACACAUCUGCUGUAUCUUCUAUACCAUGUACACAUUAGAAAUCACUGGUGUAACGACACCAGAGUUCAAGCGGCACUGAAGCGGCUGGUUGAUCGCAAGCUUAUCCCGUUCCUCCUCCCAGAGAACACACUAUCGCAGUUCGAGAGAAAUCGAUCUUUCUUGCGAGGUCUCGAUCAAGUCAGUGAGAUGUGGAAAUCAAAGUACACCAUAAACGCUGUGGGACUUAAGAGACCUCACUGGGCAGAAAAUGCAGUGGAGCUCGAGGAGUUCAAGCUCCCCCCAAACGUCGACCCACCGAUGGACCUCCUAGACUUCCGUAAAGCUGCAAAAGACCUGGAAGGCUCCGACGAUCUCGGGGCUCAGCUGUUUUGCGCCCUUCUCCGCUCUAUAGGCGUGGAAACCCGCUUGGUGUGCUCGCUCCAACCGCUUCCUUUCGCGGCGAGUGCUCAGGCGCCAGUAUCGAAGCCCAGCACACCGGCAAAGACGACAAUCUAUGUAGACCACUCAGCCGACGAGCGUGACAGCACGAAGGAAGACACCACAUCGAGGGCCUCGAUCGCUGCUCGUGCAUUUGGCGGUAGUUCUACUCCGCAGCCGAUCAAGAGGAUCCAAAGAUUGGGACAGCGAGGCCGUAGCCCCGCGAUUGAUGCGCGUUUAGCUCCUGCAACCAUUACACCGCCGAAACCGAAAUCCACGUACAAGCCCCAGUACCCCGUAUACUGGGUUGAGGCUUUCAACACCGCCUACCAGAAAUGGGUGGCAGUAGAUCCGCUUGCUACCGCGUCUGUCAAUAACCCUACCAAGCUCGAACCGCCGAUGAGCCACCCUGACAACGCCAUGAGUUACGUGGUCGCUUUCGAGUGUGAUGGCGUCGCGAGAGACGUGACGAGGAGGUAUACCAAGGCUUACAACGCCAAGACGCGGAAGUUGAGGGCCGAGAGCACGGAAGGAGGGGAGAAAUGGUGGAGGAAGGCUAUGAGGGUCUUUCGGCGAGCGAAGGUCUUGGAUCGAGACCAGGUCGAAGAUGCAGAGCUAGCGAAGAAAGAAGCCGCCGAAGGCCUGCCCCGGAACGUCCAGGACUUCAAAGACCACCCAAUUUACAUGCUCGAGCGACACCUCAAGCACAAUCAAGUAAUACACCCCAAGCGGGAAUCCGGGAAAGUCAGCGCCGGCAGCGGCUCCUCCGCCAAGCCCGAGUCCAUCUUCCGCAGACGAGACGUCCAUAUCGUUAGGAGCGCCGACAAGUGGUAUCGCUUCGGCCGCGAAGUGAAGCCAAACGAAAUCCCACUCAAGUUCGCCAAACCCCGCCAGAGUCGCCACCGGUCAGCAGCAUACGACGACGAAGACGACCCUCUCGACGUCCCCCUCUACGCCUUCUUCCAAACAGAGCCCUAUAUCCCUCCCCCCGUCGUCAACGGCCUUAUCCCCAAAAACGCCUACGGCAACCUCGACGUCUAUGUCCCCUCCAUGGUCCCCCCCGGCGGCGUGCACAUCCGGGCCGCCGAGGCCGCCAAAGCCGCGAGGCUGCUCGGCGUCGAUUACGCGGACGCGGUGACGGGAUUCCAGUUCCGGGGCCGGCACGGAACGGCGGUGUUGGAGGGGGUGGUUGUUGCGGAGGAGUAUGGCGAGGCGGUGCAGGCGGUUGUGGAUGGGUUUGCGGAUAGGAGACUUGAAGAAGAGGAGAGGAAGAGGGCUGCGGUGGCGCUGGGGAUGUGGAGGAGAUUUUUGAAGGGGUUGAGGAUUGUGGAACAUGUGAGGCAGUAUGAGACGCAGGAGGAGAAGGUGAGGAGGAUUGCGGAAGCGAUGGAUGAGGGUGAGGAGGAGGUGGAGGAAGAAGAGGAUGUGGGGGCGGGCGGCUUCUUCCCGGAUGCUAUGCAACGCGACGCAGCGGAGCCCACUGCGCGAAGAGCUAGGUCUGGAAUCGCAGGCGGCGAUGUUUACGGCGGCGGUUUCGUGCCGGACGGCACUGGUACUAAUGUCGAUUACGGCGGUGGCUUCAUGCCCGAGGAACCAGAAGGCGGAGGCUUUGUACCAGAUGAUGAGAGUGCAAUGGUCGAUGGCGGCGGCUUCGUGGCCGAAGAUGAUGAGGGCGGCUUCAUGCCGCAGGAGGAGACCGCUGCAGAAGGAGGCGGCUUCAUGGCAGCGGAACACACAGACAACGCAGAUUACGAAGAUACCUUACGAGACCCUGGCCGGCGGCGCAGAAGGCGCGUGCAACUCAGCUCUUCGGAUGAGGACGAGGAACGCGACGACGACAUUGUUAUGUCGGGUGCUCUGUCGGUUGACGGGAACGGCAAUGGAGGGUCGACCGCACCCGAGCCAUUGGUAUUGGACGGAGAAGCAGGAGGGUUUGUCAGGGAGGAGAGGGUUGCAGAGCUAGAGGACGGGAAUGGCACAGCUUCCAGGUCGUCCGACGAUGAGCAAUACGAUGAUGACGCAGAUUCUGCUACCCAGGAAGCUAUCGCACAGAGCUUGGAAGAUAUGCACGCCUUCACUAACCAUAGUCAAACGAUAGCACCGGCAGAAAGCUCCGUGGAGGUUGCAGAGGCUACAAACAGCUCUGAAGCCGAGGCAGCCACAUCGCAUCUUGUGCCGGAAACGACGCGUGAGAAAUCGGUAGAUGUAGAGGUCACCUCAAGCGAUGAGCGCGGUUCAUUACUUUCCCAUGAUCCGGAAGACGAAGAUGCGGAGCCAGAGUGGCUGAUGAGCGAUUGA